GACUUGGGAUCCUACUCCCCUCCCCGCUAGGUCACUACUUCAGUUUCUUUGAAUUGGGAGGGAAACUGCAGCAAACUUCAGAGGCUGGCUUUCUGUGCAGACUUAACAAGACCUGGGACCUUCCCCCCCACUCGCCCCUCCUUUGUGUAGACUGGAGAGAAACUCCUUGCCUUUUGCACAUUAACUCGAAGAGGAAACAAUGGCCAAGUUCUGCUUGUGUGCAGCUGUUGGAUUUUACUUGUUGCAGCUUUGUCUAGCUGAGAUAGCUCUGAAUAUAAGCUGCAGAAUUGCGGGUGUGUUCCAUGUUGAGAAAAAUCAUCGCUACAGCCUCACGAGAGAAGAUGCCAUUGAACUCUGCAAAUCCCUCAACAGCACCCUUCCAACUUGGGAACAGAUAGAAAAAGCUUACAACCUUGGUUUUGAAACAUGCAGAUAUGGUUAUAUAGAAGACAAAAUUGUAGUCCCUCGCCAUACCCCACAUCCUCUCUGUGCAGCAAAUAACACUGGGAUUUAUACACUGACAUCAAAUAAAACCACUCUGUUUGAUACAUAUUGCUUCAAUUCAUCAGAAACAAGAGAAAAAGUUUGUGAGCCAGUGAUAAGCCUGUAUUCUCCUUGGCCGAAUAACCAAAGCAUCAUAGACAUUUUCAAUGCUGAUGGAUCACGUUAUAUUGGGGGAAAGAUAUACACAGAACGGCCACCAGUUGUUACUGAUGACGACAAUAUUGGGGGCAGUGGUUCUGCAAAUGACAGUGGAACAACAGAACCCAGUAUCUUCAGACCUGAUUCUUCACAUUAUCCUCAUCAUCCAGAUGAUGUUACCUCAAUGUAUGAUGAAGAAGGUGACCACGAUUCCACUCGUGCUCCAGGGACACACGAUAAGGACUCUGGACAAGAUGUUUCUGAAGACUCUCAUUCCAAAACUACAGGAAAAGCUGUCAGCCCUCAUCAUGGUUCACAUGAAGAAACCACUACCCAACAUCUAUGGAAUUAUUCUGUGUUUUGGCCCAGUAUUGAUUAUAAAGAGAAGCAGCAGCAGCCGCCCACUGAAGGAACUUGGGAUGAGAGUUCAGAAGAAGAAGAAGAUGAUGAUGGAGAAGAAGGGUCUGGAAAUUUCUAUCCUGAAACAUUUCAUGACUGGAACAGUGGUGUUAAGGAACCUUACUCAUCUAAUACCACUGUGGUGUCCAUCAAAGAUGUCAAACAUGAAGACUCAGCCCAUGAUUCAUUGCUACAUGGUGUAUACUCUGGACGGGACAGUGAAGUCAGAUAUUCAACAAAUGACACAAGGGAAGAUGUGCCACCUAGAAUUGUUCCUCUGGGUGACCAUGAACAUUAUUCUACAGCUGUGUCCCCCAGUGAUGGUUUCUUCAAGCAGGAAGACUCAACUCAGCAUCGAUUAGAUGAUGAUUACUCUGGAUUGGAAACUGGACUAGCAUCACCUACAAACACCUACUCAGAUGUAUUGCAGCCAGGAGGACUUGCUCCCUCAAGUGAAAGAGAAAGCAACCUGGAAACAGAAUCUUUUCAUACAGCUGUGUUGUCCAAUGGAAGUUCAACACAUGAAGAAUCUGAUCAAGAUCAUUCAUCAGUUGAUAAACUUGGACGGAGGAGUGGAAAAGAUUCCACAAACAGAACAAUCCAUGGUGUCCUAGAAACCCUUAUUCCUCCAAGUGAGAAUGAUCAUGAAAAUGAGUCUUCUCAUAAAGAUGGAGAUGGUGGCAAAAAUGAAGACCCAGCCCAGGAUUCUUUGUCUUCAGUUGAUCAACCUCUGUGGGGCAGUGAAGAAAAGUAUCCUGCAAAUGCCACAAAGGAUGAUAUACUACCUGUAUUUUUUCCAACAAGUCAAAGUGAACAUGAGCAGCAACAAACAGUUACAGCUUUGACUUCCCAUGAUGGAGCCAAACAUGAAGACACAUCCCAUGAUUCACUGCUUCCUCUUGAUUACCCCAGAUGGGGCACUGAAGACUUGUAUCCGACAAAUAACACUUGGAAUGAUAUUCCACACAGUCUUGCUCCUCCAAAUGAGAAUGAAAAUGGGUCUCCUCAUAAACACAUUACAGAUGUGAUGUCUAAUGAUGGGAUGAAACAUGAAGACACUACUCAAGAUCCAUUACUGCAUGGCAUGUAUCCUGAGAGGGCCAGUGAAGAAAUACCUCUUAUAAAUGCAUCAAGUGGAAUUAUUCAUCCAGGAAUUAUUCAUCCAACUGAAAAUGAACAUAAACAUGAAUCACUUAAUACAGUUGUGGUCCCCACUGGUGACACUAACUAUGAAGAAUCUAUGAAUGAUAAUGGAUGGAUGCAUGGGAUCCAUCAUGGAUGGGACCAUGAAGAUAGAUAUCCUGCAAACACAUCUAAAGAUGAUGCCCUACUUGGUAUUAUUUCUCCAAAUGAAAGCAAGCACGAACAUGAUCCGGAAACAUCUCAUACAGCUGUAGUCACUAGGGAUGGCAGUAAGCAUGAGGAUUCUACACCAGACCCACAUAUGAAUGGAUUGUUGCCAUGGUGGAAUAGUGAAGAGAAAUAUUCUACAAAUACAUCUAGUGAUGAGGUGCUACCUGGAAUUCUUCCAAACAACAACGAGCAUGAAAAUGAACAGUCUCAUACAGUUGUGGUCCCCAAUGGUGGUACUGACAAUGAAGAUUCUGCUCAAGAUCCACUAACCCCAAAACCAUAUCCUGACUGGGAUAGUGAAGAAAGGCAUCCUGGAAAUAAAUCUACAGAUAUUUUGGUACCUGGAAUUAUCUUUCCAGCUGAAAAUGUGCAUGAAAAGGAAACCUCACAUACAGCUGUCACUCACAGUGAUGAUGCCUAUCAUGAAGACUCGACUCAACAGCCAUUAUCUACUGCUCAUCAGCCAGGAUUGGACAAUGAAGAAAAACAUCCCACGGAUACUUCUAAUGUAGUCUCCCAUAAUGGGGCUAAAGAAGAAGAUUCAACUAGAGGACCUGUAAGGCAUGAUAUACAAUUGGGUAAUGAAGACCAGUAUACUACAAAGUCCACAGAGACUGUCUUGUAUCAUGGAAUUGUUCCUCGAAAAGGUCACAGAAAUAAAACUGAUCAUACAGCAGUUGUCACCAGUAAUAGAGUCAAAAAUGAAGAAUCGACACAAGAUCCACAGUUAAAUGGGUUACAUCCUGAAUGGAGGAAUGAAGGCAAACACCUUGUAAAUAACACUCAGGACGAUGCUAUACCUGGAGCUUAUCCUGAAAUUAGUCGUGGUUCUGACAGACAUCCAUCUUCUCCUACAGCCAGUGGAAGUGGAGAGUCCCAGGUGGAAAUAGAAAAUGAGAGAUCCCAACCACGAAAGGCUCACAUACCAGAUUGGCUGAUCGUAGUUGCUUCUCUCUUGGCCCUGGCAUUGAUACUUGGUGUUUGCAUAGCAGUGAACAGUCGGAGGAGGUGUGGCCAGAAGCAAAAGCUUGUGAUCAACAAUGGCAAAGGAGCCAUAGAUGACAAAAACACAGGGGGGUUGAAUGGAGAAGCCAGUAAAUCUCAAGAAAUGGUGCACUUGGUACACAAAGAGAAGCCAGAGAACCAAACGGGACCACAUGAUGAAUUCCUAGCAAUUGAUGAAACACAAAACCAACAAGAUAUGGCCUUGAAGACUGGUGUGUAAGAAAGCUUAACCAAUCCAAUUGAAUCAGUGUUGGGAAAAUCAAAAAUCGCACGGAACUGGGACUAGAACUCACAAAUGCAAUGUGCUACUGAUGUCUCUGAAGCAUAAUUAAGCAUACCUUUCUUCUUUCUCUUUUUAAUGGUCAGAUACAAGAUAAAAAUAUCAUUUUCUCUGCCCAGCAUUGCAUAGUUUUGCCCAGUCCAAAUUGGUGUCCACCAUAUCACCACUUAUCUCCUAAUUGAGGUCUAUUACCACCUUUGAUUGAUUUCCCCCUACUUGCACCACUGUCUCUCAUUAUAUCUUAGUGGCGCCACCAGAAUGUUCAGACAUUGAUGGUACCAAGCAUACCCAUGACUGUGCAAUACAUGCCCAGAAAGUUAACAGAAAGACAAGCUACAAGAGAGGUGACAUUAAUCAAAAUGGCGACAUUGGAAUUUGUCACUUGACCCUGGAGAAUUUAUAAGGUUUAUUAAGUGUCACUAACUUCCUGGUAUUUUGGGAUGAUAUACUACAAUUACUGAAUACUGAAAGACAAAUUUGUCAAAAAAAUUUCCACAGAUGUCCAAUAACAUUUUUUUUAAUGAAAAGGAUGAGAAGACAAGAAUGAGAAAAAUUGAUUUUAUGGCAAAUAAAUUUUUAUUCUCUAAUCCAAAUAAUCUGUGCCAUUAUCUUUACACUUUAAAGUUAUCUGCCUCUACUGUACAAUUCAUAAUUGGAUCAUUUCUUCGAAUGUUAAGUAGUUCAGUGAUUCCCAUUCAAGUACACCUGAAUUCAGAUAUUUGCAUGUCUAGCAGGGGACUGUCUAUGUGCGAUUGUGCUUAUGUUUUCAGUGGAUAAAGGCCCUGAAAGUAAGACCCCUACUCCAUCCCCAUGGCUAACAAAGACACCUAACCCCAUGGGUGGGCUUAGUCCACAUUCCAAACAGCUGUUUGGUGCUGUAUGCAUGGUUCCCAGUCUAGUUGCUUACCUCAUGCCCAGUGCCCUGCUGAGCCAAUUUCCCAAUCAUUCCCAAUGGGAAGAGUGUUACUACAGUGAAGAUGCAAUUCUUAGUACCCAUAGAGCCUCUCUGCAUUCGUUAGCAGCAUGGAUGGGCUUUGGAGCCACACUGAACCAGCAUGCAUGCCCUGCUCUUGGGUCAGUGGGGCACUGUGCAGAAUGUAAGCAAGUGUAGCAUAUGGAGCUCCAUCAGCUGGAUUCAGAGAACCACAUAUGCACAACCUCGUUUUGCAUGCACCAUUUCCAUCCUAACAAGGGAUGUACAUGUCAGAGCCUGCUUCCCUACACAUUAAGGUGGUCAUUUCACUCUCCUAAAAUCAUGGUGGAAUGAUGCUUCUCAAUACCAGUUUCAGAGGAGCAACAUCACGAGAGAGGGAAUGCCCUCAGCUCUUGCCUGUGGGCUUCCCAGAGGCAUCUGGUGGGCUACUGUGUGAAACAAGACAUGGGACGAGAUAGGCCUUGGGCCUGAUCCAGCAUGGCUGUUUUUACAUUCUUAUGAUAGUGUGUCUUCCUGCAUUAAAUUGCGUGUGUAAGAUUCCAGUAGUUACUUAAUCCAUUUAACCACAUUGAUAAUUUUAUAUUAUUUGGCAUAUGUUGUUGAAGAUAAAUUAAGAUCAAGUGGCUGGGGUUUUUUAAAUUAUUAAACCCUCCUUUGGGGAAA